AUGAAAGGAACAAGGGCUGAAUGCGACGGAGUCGCGCUCCUUCCUCAGGAGUUUGCUUUGCGUUCCCAAGAUGGCCCAGGCUUUAUUCCCAGCAAGCUAUCCCCUUCAGGUGUGCUUCUGCCUAUCCACCAACGGUCCGUCAACUCACACUGCCGACCGUCGCCAUCCGCGUCUCACGACAACAACUGCAACAACCAGAAUCACAGCCGCAGCAUACCACCGACAAUGGCGACUUGGGCCGCCAUCGCACGCAAGGCCGCGGAGACCACCGCUGAGGCCCUUGAAGAGGGCGUCAAAUUCUCGUGGGCGGAGAACGAAGCCAACAAAGUCACCGCCGCCACCUUGGAAGAAUUUGGUCCUCCUCUUUCCUACGACACCGACAGUGACAACGGCUGUGAUUCCAAGGUCAAAACCGAGCUCAACGCUGGCCACAUCAACAACAACAUCAUCAUGGCAGCUCAAGAAAACAUCGUGAUUGCCCCCGAGGUGCCCAUGCAGAACACGGCCGGCACCUCUCCCGGUCCUGCCCCCGACGAGGGUGCCUCAUCCUCGUCUGCCGCUCCUUCCGUUGGAGCUCCCAUGUCCAGGGUUGAAGAGUUCAAACUGGCUCUUGGCGACUUUGGCACUCAACUUGGUCUGAUGGUCCGCCUCAAAGGCGUCGCCCCAGAGAACGUUGACGAGUGUGUCAACAACAUUAUCGAAAAGAGCCUUGACGAUAUCAUCGCUGUCAAGGGCAAGGAUGCCCAGAAGAACGAGAAGGCCCAGAGAUUGGACGCUGCCAACAACAAGAAAAUCACCGCUCCUACCCAGCAGCCUGAAAAUGAUCCGAAGGGCAAAGGUAAAGCUGUCGAGACCACUGACGCCUUCACCGGCAUGAUGGAGGGCUACAAGUUCUCAGCUGCCUCGCAGCUCCCCAACAGUGAGCCUCACCCGUCGAGACUCACCGUGGAAGAACGCAGAGCCCAGGUUCAGUGGGCUGUACAGUCUGCUCUCGAUCUUCGCCGUCUCCAGAAACUCUCGCUUACCCAGGAAACGGCCGACGUUAUCAUGUUUUUCACAAAGCCCGAUGCGGUCACUGGAGAGACUGAGAUUCCGGUCCAUCGCGAGCUGCUCAUCAGAGAGUCGACUUGGUUUAGUCGCCCGGGCGGCCUGCCUCCCCCAAACAAGGACGGCAAACCUGUCUAUAUCUGUCUCGGAGAUGGACCUGCCGGCGUUGUUGGCCAGGUCUUCAGGUUCCUUUACAACCACAAGGUCGACGAGUGCGAGAGAAACGCCGGCUCGCCCUUCCACCUUAUCCAUAUCCAGUGCAACGUGAACCAAUAUGUCCUGGCCGUCGCCUACGGCAUGACUCGCCAGCAGCAGUAUCAUCUCAAUAAGGUUCAGGAGCAUGUCGAAUGGCUCAGGGAGCACGUCUCUCACAAUGCGCCUCUAUGCAACAUGGUGCUCACCACUGGCGUGGAGAUCGGAUGGUGCGAGGUGCCGCUCCGUCACUGCAACACGUGCCUCUGGAAGGAAGUCAUCCCGGCAUACCGCGAGGGUCUGCGCCGGAUGCACGUUCUCAUUGCCCGGCUCAAUCUCAUCAUCGUGCCGUGGAUGAACCGCCAGCCUUGUGUCAAGCCAUUCGUCGACAUGUUCUGGAUCACACAGCAGUAUGGCAGCUUCCCGUGGAGGGCUUGGGCUUGGUAUCUUCGCUCGCUCGGUACCAUUCGGGAGAGCGACUGUGACGAUUGGUCCCUUGUUGGAGAACAGAUGAGUCAGGCCGAAAUUGCCAGGGCUCUGAAGCCCUAUCAUAUAGUCUGA